AUGAUGGCGCCUUCUCACAUCCUCGAGAUCCCGCGCCCCAAGACGUUUCUUCAGAAAAUGUCCCUCCGCACCGGCGCAGAGAUCAUUACCUUCUUGCAAAUCAUCAACAAAGCCUCCGGAGUCUAUGGACUUCUUGCCCUCCUUACCGGCGCACACAUCGACGGCGGGCAACUAUCCAUGUACCUCUACUCGACCGUCGCCCUCCUUGCCACAGUAUAUCUAUACAAGCACAUUCGGUUACAAAGUCCAUUCGAGGCUGUGCUGCUGGCGCAUCUCUAUGCGCUAGAUUCGGUCAUCAACGCGCUAUACACCGCCUUCUUUGGCAUCGCAUGGUUCUACACCCUCGCCGCGCACCCCGAUGAAAAUUCCUCCCUCUCACCCGGCAUGUCAGAUAACGCGGGAUUCACCAGUCCCAAGUACAACGUCUCGCAUGUCCAUGUCGUUGCCGCGCCGACCGAGGGCAUCCAACCAGGCCAGAACGCCAUCGCGAUUGGACAAGGCACAAGAAGCGCCGGCGCAGGACUCGGCAACGCUGUCUUCCAGAGCGGCAGCAUCAUGAGCAUCUCCCUCAUCUCCGGGUUCUGGGCGCUGCGCGUCUACUUUGUUUUCAUCAUGUUGGCUUUCGCGCGCCAAUGCCUAAGACAACACAUUGCCGCAAACGCUUCCUCCGCUGCGUGGUACACCUCGAAUAACAUGCAAACUACCGCUAAUGACCUGGCCGAGAAUCCUUUCGAAGAGGGCAAAGACGAGGGCAAUGGCUGGAAGGGCAAGCUCGGACGAGUCAUGUUGAGCGGUGCACCCAAGUACUGGCUUGGUGCUGAUGAGGGGGAGGAUUGGAUGCGUGGUGUUGGUGGCAAAUUCAAGAAGACUGGACAAUUAGAGCAGCCGAUUGGAUUCAAUGAGCGCGAGAGGAGACGUCGGUCUGGAACUGGGCCGCCAGUCCCGCAGCUCAACUUGAGCGUUGAACUUCCGCGGUAG